AUGGCUAAAAGAGAAAAAGACAAACAGACAAACAAUAAUGAACUGUUGACUUGCAGUAUAUGUCUAGAGACGUUCAAAACUCCAAAAUGUUUACCAUGUCUACAUACGUUCUGUAAGGUAUGUAUUCAUACAUACAUUCAGUCAUCUGUUGAUAAGGAAAACAUUAUAAGUUUCAAAUGUCCUGUUUGUCGAAGUCUGGUGUCAGUUGGAGAACGUUCUAUCAAUCUUGAAUGUUGGGUAGAUGAGCUUUCAACCAAUCAUUUAAUUAUAUCGAUGAUUGAUCGACAAGCGAUACAAAAACUAGAAAAAUUAUCCAACGCAUGCGAAUUGAGCAAUGUAAAUCAGAACGCAGUGUCAUGGUGUACUGUCUGUCAGGAGGCACUUUGUUCUAUGUGUGAGAACUGUCACCGUAAGUUUAAAGUGUCCGCAAACCAUAAAAUUCUAACAUUACAAGAGACACAAAGAGACACGACUGCAUCCUUUUCCGGGUUGAUUACAUGUGAUGUCCAUUCAAAUAAAUUUGUCGAGAUUUUUUGUGUAGAUCAUGGUAUACAUUGUUGCACUGUAUGCGCAACCGUCAAACAUCGCAAAUGUGAAAAGGUGGUAGAAUUAGGAGAAGCGGCAGCUGGUAUUAAAGAAGCAAAGCAGACGACUGAAUUUUUGGAGGUGAUGAUGCAGUGGAAAACUUUGCUUGAUAAAUCGAUUCAAGACACACAGAAAUAUGUGUGUGCCGUUGAAAUUAUGGGGGAAGACAUUUUUUCAGAAAUUGAAAAUUUGAAGAGAGAUCUAAUCGAACACGUCAACAAAGUGGAAAAAGCUGCAAAAGAGGAGUUGUUCAGCAAAAAGAAGGGCAUAGUUACAGAACUUACUGACAGGAUGAUUGAAAUGUCCAGCUUAAAGUCUACCGUUGAUAACUGGUACAAUAUUUUGAGUACAAGUGUCAAUGAUGGAUCAGAGAUUCAAUGUUUGAUUGAGUUCAACAAGCUAGUUCCAAAGAAAGAAAAAAUUGAAUCUGAAAUAAAAAAUACCACAUCAAACAUUGAUAAAAGGUCAUUGAUUUUCAAAAAGAACAGCGGACUUGAAAAGUUUCAAGAACACGUUAGAACUCUUGGUGAAGUUAGAAUUGUUAAUUCAAAAGAAAGUGUCCAGUCGAAGUCGAUGCAUGGUUCUUUAAUAGAUACAAUUCCAGACGUUAGUGGAUGUUCAACUUAUUUUCAACGAGACCUUGACGUGGAAAAUUUAAACAUACAAUAUUUCGGUAAGAUUAAACCUUUCAAUCCAAAACAGAAUACUCAGUCGAAGUUGCAUUGUACUUCUUUUACAAACUCUUAUUCAAAACCAAAGGAAGUUAAAUUUCGUACUGGGAAGGUGAAAUCGCUAUUUACUCUGAAGGCAGGAGAUAACAAUGGUCUUGCAGUGAGUGGAAUAUUUAUCAAAGAAUCAAUUCUCUUAAGUAAUACCAACACGAAAAAAAUCCUGAAGUUUAAUCAUACUGGUACAUUUCUCUGCGAUGUUCAGUUGAACAGUGAACCGUAUGAUAUCACGAAAUUUCGAGAUGAUGAUAUAGCAGUGUCAUUUCCAAAUUCAAAAGAAAUACGUUUGAUGGAUAUACACACAAUGACCAUGAAACGAAAAAUUCAGCUUUCACAUGAUGUUUGUGGUUUGCGAUAUUUAGAUGUAAAUGACCAAUUCAUUAUGGCAUGUGAAAACAGUAUUGUUUGGUCAAAUGCAACAAGCGGUGUGAAAAUAAAGAAAACAAAAACAAGUGGUCAAACUUAUUAUAUUUGUGCAUAUGAAAGCAACAGCUAUGUCUAUGCCGACGGAUCGAAAUGUGUGUCUUGCUCAGAAAAUGGAUCAAUUAGAUUUACUUACAAAAGCCAAAAGUUGUAUUUUCCAAGAGGUAUUGAUGUAGAUUUCCGUGGAAACCUUUAUGUUUGUUUUUAUGGUUCAAACAAUAUACAUCAAAUUUCAACUUCAGGGGAACUGAUGAGAAAAAUCCCAUGUGAAGACCUAGGGACAGUGGCGCCAUGGUUUAUAAGGUUCAAACAAAACAGCAAUAAAUUCUUGGUAACUUCACUCUCAUCCGGGAAAGUUGUUGUUGCUGAAAUUAUAUAAUUUUAUCAUGAAUCCAUCAUCAUCCUCGUUGCUAUCCUUAUCAUUUUCGACACCAUCUUGGUAAAUAAUUGUGCGAUUGGUUUUAUCUUGUAUUAUAUGAAUAAAAAGAGAUAUGUCUUUACGUGAACCAGACAAUAUGAUCUAACUAACAAAAAGACAUCUAAAGAUCAAAAUACUUCCUUCAAAAAUAGCCGUAUAGCUUAAUAGUGUGUCAAGUUGUCUAGCUGAUGUGGGAAAAAAACUAACAAAAUCAUUCUUUAAAACCAGGAGACCAACAGGAGAUUAUUUAAACGACCUCUAACGAACUACCCUUUGGUGUUUUUUAUUUGCCGUUUGUGAGCUUUUCAUUAUUCAAGAUGCAUCGUGAGACCAUUAACGAAUAAAUAGUUACAAAAAUGCGGCUCUGAUACUCUCAUUAGAAGCAACCAUUAUAUAACGAGAUAUUUAUUGUACAGAUUGAAGACAGUAUGAAUUGGUGACUUUUUUACUACUCUUUAUCCCACAAAGAGUCACUAUGUGUUUCUUCAAACGAUGCAAUAACAAACAACGAUGAUAGUAUAUUCGAUUUUGAACGAAAUAAUGUCGAAGAAAAUGUUCAAGAAAAAGCAAAAAAUUCAGUCGGAGUCGUCAUGGCCUUUUUCAGCUGAUUCAGUUCCGAUUCGAAUAAACCCGAUUUUGAUACUGGGAAAGUUUACAAACUCUUAAAUCUUGGCGCAGGAGAUAACUGUAAAAGUUCAGUGAGUAGAAUGUUUACUAAAGAAUAUAUUUUGAUAACUAACGAUAAAAGAAAAAAAACUCCUAAAGAUGGAUUAUUGCAGUGCAAUCUUGAGUUUGAUAGUUGGCCUUAUGGUAUCAAAAUUUUGUGACAUAACGUCAGCGGUUUCAUGUCGAGGAAAUAAUCAAAUUAUUUUGGUAAAUAUACAUACAAUGAUCAUCGAAAGACAAAUCAAACUUUUAUUUCCAGUUUAUGGUGUACAAUAUCUAAUUUAUUGCUCCUUGUAACAGUAAUAUUGUUUGAUUAAAUGUAAUAAACGGUGAUAAAAUUAAAUAAACAAACAAAAGCGGAAAAACUUAAAUCAUAUUUAUGCAUUUGAAAGCAACAAAUAUGCUUUUGUAGACGGAUCGGAAAGUAUGUCGUAUUUUGCAGAGGAUUCAAUUAAUUUUACUUACAAAAACCAAAAGUUGUCAAAGCCGAGAGGAAUUGAUGUUGAUUCUCGUGGAUAUCUACGUUUGUUCAAGAGGUUCAAACAACAUACAUCAAAUUUCACAAUCUGGAGAACUUAUUAGAAUAAUUCCAAGUGAAGUCAUUGGAACAGUAGACCAAUGGGUUAUAAGUUUCAAACAAAAUAGUAAUAAAUUCUUAGUCACUUCUA